CCUGCCACCCAGCAUAAUCUUCUUUUGCCCAUUCUCCCAUCUCACCAAAACCACUUUCGUUUUUUCAACAAAAAGGAGAAAAUUCAAUAGACUCCGAUUGGCAAAAAAGCAUUCCCAUUUGGAAUCUACUACUACUAUUUUUUUCCUUCUUUCUUUCUCUCUCUCUCUCUAGUUUUUUGUUUUUUUUUUAAUAAUCUUUCGGUUCUGAAAUUGCUUUGAUUGGAAUGGAGUUUUCUUCGCAGUAACGGAAAUGAGGAAGCUUUAUUUAUCUUGAGCACACAGAAAUAGUCAGAUAAAGUGAUUGCUGAGUACAGUUCAUGGUUUUUUCUUCUUUUGUGCUAUGGGGUUCUGAAGAUUGAUUCUUGAUUGACCCGCUUGUUUUUUGAAUUUGAUAUACACUUCUGUUAUAAGAAAGUUGAGUACUUUAGGUGUUUCAAAAUUCAAAAGCUAUGGCUUUUUCGUCUAUAUUUUGCUGCGUCAAGGGUUCAGAUCGAAAGGGGCAAGCGAAGAAGCAGACAACAUGGAGGGUUUUCUCUCUGAAGGAGUUGCACUCUGCUACAAAUAAUUUUAACUAUGAUAACAAGCUUGGAGAAGGUGGUUUUGGAAGUGUUUAUUGGGGCCAGCUCUGGGAUGGAUCUCAGAUAGCGGUCAAAAGGCUAAAGGUGUGGAGCAACAAAGCCGAGAUGGAAUUUGCUGUUGAAGUUGAAAUUCUGGCUAGAGUACGACACAAAAAUCUGCUAAGUCUACGUGGUUACUGUGCAGAAGGCCAGGAACGUCUGAUCGUAUAUGAUUACAUGCCUAAUUUAAGCUUACUUUCUCAUCUUCACGGGCAGCAUUCUGCUGAAAGCCUUCUUGAUUGGAAACGACGAAUGAAUGUUGCAAUUGGGUCUGCUGAGGGAAUUUCCUAUCUACACCACCAUGCGACCCCACACAUCAUCCACAGAGACAUUAAAGCCAGCAAUGUACUGGUCGAUUCUAAUUUCCAAGCCCAAGUUGCUGAUUUUGGAUUUGCAAAGUUCAUCCCAGAUGGUGCAACACAUGUAACCACUAGAGUAAAAGGCACUCUAGGCUAUCUUGCACCAGAAUAUGCAAUGUUAGGGAAGGCAUCGGAGAGCUGUGACGUCUACAGCUUUGGUAUUCUUUUGCUAGAGCUUGCUAGUGGCAAGAAACCGAUUGAGAAGCUCAAUUUAACUGUGAAACGCACAAUCACUGAUUGGGCUCUACCGCUUGCGUGUGAAGGGAAGUUCAGUGAACUUGCAGACCCAAGGUUGAACGGAAACUACGUGGAGGAAGAAUUGAAAAGAGUGGUUCUUGUUGCUCUCAUUUGUGCUCAAAAUCGACCUGAGAAGAGACCAACAAUGCUUGACGUUGUUGAGCUACUGAAAGGAGAAUCCAAAGAGAAAUUCACAGCUUUGGAAAAUGAUGAAAUGUUCAAGAUUCCUCCAGCUGUGGAUGAUGAUAUUUCGUCAGGAGCAGAAGGCACUGCAGACUCUGCUGCUUCAGAGGAAAAAGAACCAAAACCAGAAAUUGAAAAGGUAGAGGUACAAGCUUAAGAGAAUGUGGGUAAUUGAUUGUGGCUUGUUCAUAUUGAAUUUGUGUAGGACUUAAUGUAUUUUCCGGAGAAGACAUACUGAUAUCCAUUACGUGGAACAACAGGUACUUUUUUUUUUUUGAAUUAGAAGUAUCAUUUCUUUGGGUUGUGCAGGUGUGGAUGUUACUGUUCUGCUCGCCUUUCGUGUGAUUUCUCGUGUAAUAUGUUGAACACAAGAAAUGAAAACUGUUUAUAUGCUGAA